GUGUGUGUGUGUGUGUGUGUGCGCCUGCACUCUCUUCUUGCUGAGCCCACGACUACAGGGGCUGGAGCCGAGGAGGUGCAGAGUCUGUCCCGGGGCCCAGGAAGGUCAGGAGAGACAAACUCGGACUCUCCUGAGAGUUCUGCCUCCUUCUGCCUGCACUCCGUACUUCUGGGCAAGGAAAGCCAAACUUUUCCCAGAUGAAGAGGACUUGCCUGUUUGUCGUGGGGGUCUGCCUGCUGUCCUGCUGCGGGGCAGAGGAGGGGCUGAACUUCCCCACGUACGAUGGCAAGGACCGCGUGGCGAGCCUCACAGAGAAGAACCUGAAGCAGGUCCUGAAGAAGUACGACCUCCUCUGCCUCUAUUACCAUGAGCCGGUGUCUGCAGAUAAGGUGGCUCAGAAACAGUUCCAGCUGAAAGAGAUCGUGCUGGAGCUUGUGGCCCAAAUCCUGGAGCAUAAAGACAUAGGCUUUGCAAUGGUCGAUUCCAAGAAAGAGGCCAAGCUUGCCAAGAAACUGGGUUUCACUGAAGAAGGAAGCCUGUACAUUCUGAAGGGUGAUCGCACAAUUGAGUUUGAUGGCGAGUUCGCAGCUGACGUCCUGGUGGAGUUUCUCCUGGACCUCAUUGAAGACCCAGUGGAGGUCAUCAGCAACAAACUGGAGGUCCAAGCCUUUGAACGCAUUGAGGACCAGAUCAAACUCAUUGGCUUUUUUAAGAGCGAGGACUCAGAAUAUUACAAGGCUUUUGAAGAGGCAGCUGAACACUUUCAGCCGUACAUCAAAUUUUUCGCGACCUUUGACAAAGGGGUGGCAAAGAAAUUGUCCUUGAAGAUGAAUGAGGUUGACUUCUACGAGCCGUUUAUGGAUGAGCCCGUCGCCAUCCCUGACAAGCCUUACACGGAGGAAGAGCUCGUGGAGUUUGUAAAGGAUCACCAAAGACCCACCCUACGUCGCCUGCGCCCAGAAGAUAUGUUUGAGACGUGGGAAGAUGACUUGAAUGGGAUCCACAUCGUGGCCUUUGCAGAGAAGAGCGACCCAGACGGCUACGAGUUCCUGGAGAUCCUGAAGCAGGUGGCCCGCGACAACACCGACAACCCUGACCUGAGCAUCGUAUGGAUCGACCCGGACGACUUUCCUCUGCUUGUUGCCUACUGGGAAAAGACUUUCAACAUUGACCUAUUCAAGCCGCAGAUUGGGGUGGUGAAUGUGACGGAUGCUGACAGUGUCUGGAUGGACAUUCCAGACGAUGAUGACCUGCCCACGGCUGAGGAGCUAGAAGACUGGAUCGAAGACGUGCUUUCUGGGAAGAUAAACACUGAGGAUGAUGACAUUGAAGAUGAUGAUGAAGAUGACGACGAUGACGAUGAUGAUUCUGAUGAGGAGGAUACCGAUGACAGUGACGAAGAUGAUGAGUAGUCCCGACUCCACCUGGUUUUGAUGGGAACGAAACCACAGCUGCCCAGUUCCAUACCGACAGCCCAGCCAGCCUCCCCCUCUUCCCCAGCACCUCCCCGCCCACCCACUCCGCACGGGGGUGGCACACCUCAGCCAAUGCCCUUCCAAACCCAGUCACCCCACUCAGCAGGGACAAGUGGGGAACUGUCCCCAGGUUGACUGUCUGACCUUCAUGGAGAAGCCCCUGUGCCUUGUCUGACCAUCAGUGGUCAGUGCAGUGCUGGAAUCUGGCAGUCCAGGGAGAAUACCGCCCAACACCCCUGCUGAAGUUUACUUGUCGCCCUUGACUCUGACAGCCACAGAAUUGACGGCUUGCUAACUCGCAGGUGUGGAGUGACCUUACUGCCAUCAGAGCCCAGGGAAGACACACGGCGGAUCCACAAAGCCCCAUGCCUGGGACCUCGGUUAGGAGCCCUCUCACCGAAGUUCAGCCUUGGAACUGAGUUUAUCCAUCAGCUUCUCUUGUCUCUAUUAAACUGAUUCUUUGAAGUGCAGGCCAGACCAUUAUGAAUGCAGAUGCAAGCUUUCGGAUGGCUGUGGGGAGACUUUGAUGCCCAUAGACGUCAUCGUCAUUUCUAGAUGUUAGGAUACUGGGGUAGAAGCUUGCUUUGCUCUCUGGACUUGCCUUUGGGUGCAAGUCUCACCUGCACACCUGGGAGUGGGGAGAACGGAAUGAAUGAAAGGGCUCCAGAUAUUUGGAUGCGCUUGUGUCCCUGAUUGGGUCAGCUGGCUUCCCAGCCUGGGCUCCGAUCCGGACACCCCUUCUCUGCCUUCCCGGCUGGAGUGGAUGCAGAGAUUGGUCUACCCACAUGCCGACCAACUCUCCGCCCAUCAGCACGCCCACCGCUGACCAGGACAGCAAUAAACAGAUGUCACAGCGGUGCCCCGAGGCACUAAAGAAAACAACCCAAGUGCCUUCUGAACUCUCUGAAAAUUACAUUGUGCUCGGUAGUUUUAGCGUUCAGUGUGAAUUAUAAUGUGUUAAUUUAUUUUCUCAGUCUUUUAACAUACGUAAGACACUGCCAAUUCUUUGCAAAUGGGGCAGUCCUUUUAUGGAAUACUAGCUAACUAACUCAUUAAAGUCCUAUUUUGAAAAUAUUAA